UGCGUCACAGUGUCAUUAGAUCAGCUGCGCUGACACUACUUCCUCGUUCUGUAGCUGCAUCGUGGUAAUUUAAAGAAAACCCAGUUGUGAAAAUUAUGUUUGGAGAUUCGUCACAGAAUGAGUCUGCAGUUAUCAUCAUUGACCUCACAGAUGAAAAUCUUGAUUCUUGUAGACUUCAUGAAGAUGUCAGUUUGGUUUCUGCAGAUGAAAAGCAGCUGGAAAAGAAAACAGCUAAUCCCUUCUACAGGAGGAAGCGUCAUAAGCUAUUCAGGAAGUCUGAAAACCCACUCAUCCACACUGGAUGCAUAUCUAAUGAGAAUGAGUUAAUUGAAUUUUUUUCGGAAAAAUAUAAGAGCAGCUCUGAAGUUGAGCUAUGCACUGAGAUAAAUAAGAAUCUGUACGCUGAAAUUCUUGAAGAAAGGAUAUGCAACUAUAUGAAAAUAACAGAUUCUGUUUCAAAAGUUAUAGUUAUUGAUGAAAAUGCAACAGAGACAUGCCCUCAGCUGACUCUAAAAAUGCAGCAAAUGGUUGCAGCAGCCCUGAGAUCGGGACCACAGUCUGAAGUUCUAGUGGAUGCAUUCAACUUGAAAAUAACAAGACAUGACAUUGGCACUUUAAAGAAGAAAAAUUGGCUUAAUUGUCAGGUUAUCAAUUUUUACAUGAGUCUGCUCACUGAGAGGGGAAAACAGAAUGGAUAUCCAUCAGUUUACACCUUCAACACUUUCUUCUUCCCAAGGCUGUACUCCAGUGGUUUUUCUGCAGUAAGACGGUGGACUCGGAAAAUUGACAUAUUUGCCUAUGAAAUACUUAUAGUACCCAUUCAUCUCAGUAUACACUGGUGUAUGGUUGCAAUAAACUUCAAGAAAAAAACUAUGUGCUACUAUGACAGUAUGAACAGCAGCAAUAAUGUCUGUUUAAAGUUGUUAUGGGAUUACCUGAACAGUGAAAGCAUGGAUAAAAGGAAUGAAGAAUUCAAUUAUGAUGGCUGGAAAACAGAAAAUGUGAAGCCCCUGGCCCAAGAUGCUGGAGUUGGUGGUUGUGUGUGCAUGAGGUGUACAUGCUACUUGCUUUUUAAAGUAACAACUUAUUUGCUCAUUGACUAG